GUUGAUCUGGAUGUACAGUCGUAUUCAGUUUGCGAUGUGUGAGUUUUGUUUGAAACAGAACCGUCGCGAGUGGUGAUUGUACUGGUUCUAUAUAGCUCUAAUCGCUUGUCUUGCAUUGAUUGCGUACCGUAUUACUAUGAUUACAACCGAAAGCAAUUAGGAAGUGCCGUCUGAGAGCACUCUCUUCGGGGAGUUGCACUUUGUCGAGACCCGGUUCUCUGACCUCUCUCUCUCUCAUCUAUGUUAUUUGAAGCCCUGUACUGACUACGUUAAUGCUUAGAACCUUACGUAGGAGGUCAUUCUCAAAACUGGUAGAGGUCGGGUGCCAUCGUUCAUCUCAUAUAUAAUUACUCGUGUAGUAGGAUAGCUUUGUACGAAUCAUUAUAUAUCAUUAUCGAUUCUGUAACGCUACGUUCAGAGAACCACCAUAGACAUGAAACGUCGUUGCAGCACGCCUGAGUUAAGCACCAGGCUAAGAAGCGGAAUCGGGGUUAGGGUUUACAGGCGCAGGCGCAGGUGAACGCCGGCUGGGGCGGCAGACUCGUCACUUAUAAUCACUCUUCCAGUUACUCUCAUCAUCCACGUCCACUUGUGUAGGAGAUGGCACAAUGGGGACAAGGAUACCAGUACCCAAUGCAGACAGGGUUUAACUCCCAACCACAGUUUCAACAGCAAGGAUUUCCGCAGGGAGGAAUAGCUCCGCAGCCAACUGGCUUUCCCGGACAGCAGCAACAACGCUUGCAGCCCCAGCCUACAGGCUUUAUAGGUGGCCCUCAGGGCUAUCAGCAGCCUCAGCAAACAGGGUUUUCUUCAGGAUUAGUACCGCAACAGACAGGGUUCCAACCACAGCCCACUGGAUUCCAAGGAAGCAACUUCCAGCAGCGUCCACCACCAGUUCCACCUAUUCCGUCACAGUUCCAACAGCCACAACAGCCGCAGAAUGUGACUGGUGGUAGUUUCCUACAGGCUCAGUCGCAGCCGAGUCGUUUCAUAACACCAUCUCCUGGUCCUCUCACUGCUCAACAAACUGGAUAUGGAGGCGGUUUUGGUGGUGGACUGCGACCGCUUGUACCUCAAGUGACAGGCUUCAUCGAUCCUCGUCUUCAGAUGAUGUCGAGUACGUUCCUGCCUGCCAAUCCUUCGAUGCCGUACAACCCCGCUGGCGCGCCUCAGCUUCAACAACAGCAGAACCUUCAGCAAUCAUUCAUGCAACAUAAUCAAGCACAGAGAGGUACUGCUGCACCAAAGAUUCCAUGGGCGUUGAGCAAAGCAGAGAAGAAGAGCUAUGAUCAGAUUUUCCGAGCUUGGGACACUAAGAACGAGGGGUUCAUUUCAGGACAGACUGCGCUGGAGGUCUUCGGUCAGAGUGGUCUUGAUAAGAACGACCUUGCGAAGAUUUGGUCUCUGGCUGAUCAGGAUAACCGAGGAAAGCUCAAUUUGCCCGAGUUCCAUGUUGCAAUGGGCCUCAUCUACCGACGUCUCAACGGCAACCCGAUUCCUGAGGAGCUACCAGAGGAGCUAGUUCCUCCAUCCCAUCGCGACCUCGAUGCUUCAGUGAAUAUUCUCAAGGACAUUCUCAAACACGACACUCGUGCCCGCUCACCCGGUUUCGAUUCUUCGUCACCUGUCUCGAAGCUGAAGGACCGGUCAUUCAACGGUUCUUCUGCCCUCGGCUCAGGCAGUCGGCAAGAUGCAACUGUGUACAAGUAUUCUGACGAAUCUCCUCCUGGUGGUUUCUACACCCCUCGUUCUCGUCACGUUGACCGCAGUGCUAUUCGAACUGCGAGCGAGAGCGCGAGUCCUGCUGCGGAUUUAGAUGACAUGAAGCGUCAGCUUGAAAACACGGCCAAGAUGCUCGAUCGAUCAGCAGAGGAAAGUGCUUCGAAAACUGCUGAGGAUGAAGCAUUGGAGAGGGAGAUGUCCGACGUUAGGUAUCGAAUCAAGCGAAUUCAGGAGGAUCUGGACUAUGUUUCGCGUGGUCCUAGGUCGACUGCAAAGGACGAGGAGAGGCGGCGGUUGGAACGAGAGUUGCUUAGCUUGAUGCAUGAGCGGGUUCCCGAGCUCGAGCGUAAAAUCAAGGAUCGCGAGGAGAGGAAGAAACGUGAGCAGAGGGAGUGGGACCGGGACCGUGAUCGUCGUAAUGAGCGGUUCGGCAGAUUCGGUGACCGAGACCGUGACGACCACUAUUCGCGAUACGACGACCGCGAAAGGGACAGGGACCACGAGCGCGACAGAGACUACCGGUCGUAUGACAGGGAAGACCGAGACCGCGACCGCGAUUAUGAACGGGACAGAGAUCGUGACUACGACAGGGACAGACCGUACUCUCGCAACAGGGAUAGGGAUUACGACAGACCUCGCAGCCCACCAAGAACUCGUUCACCUGCUCGUUCACCCGCUCCUCCGACACCUGUGCCAUCUGCUCCUCCUGCCCGUGCUCCUCCUACCCCUGCACCCGCCUCGCCUAGCACUGCAGCGCCUUCGACCAAGAAUAUGACGCCGGAGGAACGCAAAGCUUUCAUUCAGGCUGAAGCGCAAAGAAAGCUGAGAGAGCGUAUGGCUGCUUUGGGCGUUGUGUCUACUGCGACUCCCUCUCCGAAGUUGGAUACGACCGUCGAGGAUCGGCUGGCCAAGGAGAAGAAGGAAGCUGAAGAGAAGGCUAAGGCUGCAGAGAAGGAGGCGGAGGACAGGGAGAGGCUCAGGCGUGAACGUUUGCAAAGGGAUGGUGUCCCUUCGCCUACUUCACCAGACGCAACGACAACUGCCGCCGUCCUAGCCACACCGGCUGCUGCACCUAAACCUCCUCCACCAGCGCCGAAAGCCAGGGCACCUGCUCCUCCACCUCCCCGGAAAGCACCUGCACCUAAGCCACCUGUUGCUCGUGUUGCACUUCCCGCACCGACGCUCCCUGCGCUAAUCGCGCCUGCCGCUCCUCCAGCUCCUCCACCCGCACCUAUUCAACCGGAAAUUGAUGCCCAGGAAGAAGAACUACGGGCGCGUGAGGCGGCUUUGCGCAAAGCACGCGAAGAGCGUUUGGAGAGAUUGCGCCAGAUGGAGAGGGAGGAAGAAGAGGCCGCACGUCGAUUGGAAGAGGAAUAUAAGGCAAGGAGGGCACAGUUUACUAUUUCUCCUGUUCCUCCUACUCCUCCCGCUGCUGUCCUUGCAGCUCCGCCGCCGCCGCCGCCACCGCCAGCUGCUGUGGUCUCUCCUCCUCCAGUCACUCCCACAUUACCCCCUCCUGCACCUCCCGCACCUCCCGCACCACCUGCAGCUCCUGCACCCCCAGCAGCCUUGGUUUCUCCUCCUGUGGAUAAGGCGAAAACCAACCCGUUCAGCAAGUUGUUACAAGAAGGUGGAUCGACAGCGACAACUCCUUCGGCUGCGCCAGUGAAUGGCAGUACCAACCCCUUCUUUAAGAGCCAGCCUUCGAUAUCUUCACCGCCUCCUGCCCCUUCGAUCCCUCCCGCCAGAAGCCCUGCUCCUCCUGCAGUGAAGACAUCUUACCACACUGCACCUGCUGAGAGCGAGGAUGAGUGGGAUGAUAUUCGCGAGAAGGAAGAUGAGGAAAGCAGCGAGGAUGAAUUGGAUUCCUCCCGUGACACGCGCAAUAGGUUAGCUCAACAACUAUUUGGCAGUAUCAUGCCUCCUUCGAGACCUCAAUCUGCUGCAGCUGGACCAUCUGCACCUUCCCCUCCUGCUGCUCCUGUUGCACCUCCCCCUCCGCCAUCUGCUCCCCCUGCACCUACUGCACCUGCACCUCCUCCCGCCCCGAGUGCUCCUGUACCUCCACCUGCCCCACCUGCACCCGCAGCGCCGGCUGCUCUUGUUGGUACUCCUGCUCCUCCCGGUAAUCGCAAUGCCCUUCUCAGCGCAAUCCAAGCUGGUGCAAGGUUGAAGCACGCGCAGACCAAUGACCGGAGCGCUGCUCCUAUUUCGGGCAGGGUUCUCGGUGGUGACACCGCACCACCAGAACAUACCAGUGCUGUGCCUAGGGCACCUUCUCCUCCUGCACCUCCGCCUGUGACACAGCCUGUACUACAGUUACCGUCGAUGUCGGCUGGUGGAAGCACGGGGUCGAGAACCAGUAAUCGGGAAUCGGUUGAUUGGUAUGCUGGUCUGGCUGCAGAUAAUGGAAUUAUUCAGACCUCUCAAGAACAUCUUCCUGCUAUGGCUGAAGAAGAGGAGGAACCUGCAACCCCUGUGCCUCAGAUUCACGUUGACGCUGCUCAAGAGGCCGAUCCCAUGGAGGAUGUUGACCGCUCAGUUGAGUACCGAGUACGUACAUUAUAUGCAUACGAAGCUCAGCGAUCCGAGGAACUGUCUUUCGACAGAAACCAUGUGGUGCUCGCUCAUCCAUCUAAAUCGGGAGGCGACUGGUGGUAUGGUACUCUCUUGCAGGAGGGCAAGUCCGGCUUUUUCCCAAGCACUUAUGUUCAGAAAUAUGAGACAUUUAGAGCCAAAGCCUUAUACUCUUAUGCCGGUGGCAACUCCGACGAGUUGUCGUUCGAAGAAGGUGACGACCUCAGCAUCAUUGGCAAGAUCGAUGCAGAUUGGUGGGAGACUGAGAAGGAUGGUGUUGUGUUCGUGGUUCCUGCCGCUUAUUUGGAAACUGUUGAGGACUCCUUUUUAACACCUCGCCCAAUACCACCGGCUGAUGAUACCCACUUUGCGACCGUCGAGGAAUCGUCAAGGGGCCAAGUUAAUCUUCCAACCCCAUCUUUCAGUAAUGAUCGCGAAGACGUGGAGGAGACUGAUGAGUACGAUUCAGACGACGACUCCUUCACCACGGCUUCGGAAUCUCCAUCAUCGGAAGUUGAAGAGUUAACUGAGGAACAACGGAAGAUUGAACAUGAGGCUCGUGAGGCGGAGCGUCGAAGGGUAUUGGAAGCAGCAGGUCUCAUCAUCAAGUCUGAUAAAAAGCCACCUCCAAGACCUAUGAGAACUCGAAGCCGACGUCGACACCGUGCUCCGCCAGCAGUCCCUAAGAGGGCUAAACGUUCUAUUCACACCCUGAAAGAGCUACCGUCAGUGCCGGAACCUAGUACCGUGGAUAACUCUCUACGCUUGGACGAUGCUUUCGAACGGUAUGAAGCGUACAAGCAGAGCCAGGCCAACGUCAACCGCCUAUCUGUGGCUUCCAUGGACUCGACAAGCAUGCCAGCUAGUCCAUCGCUUUCUCAUAGUGGUGGCAUCCCUCCUCGAAGCCCUUCUGCCGACGUGGAAGGUCGAUCACACUCUCACUUUUUGCAUUUCUUCGGUCGUAGGACUCCAGCUAACGAUGGGGAGACUCGUGUAAUGCCAGUUAUCUCGGCUCCCAUAUUGCAGAAGGAUCCAAGUGCUUCUCCUGAGGUGGAUAACGAAUUUGGAACGUCUUGGGCUAGUCUCGUGGACAAAUCAGCGUUGCAGGACAUUCCUCCAAAAGAGCGUCGUCGUCAGGAGGCGAUUUUUGAGCUAGUUGCGACAGAAGCAACUUAUGUUCGGGACCUUCAGCUCAUUGUCGAGGUUUUCUACCGUAGCCUCCUCCCUCUGCUGGAUCAGAAGGCUAUCACCGUCAUCUUCGCCAACGUGGAAGACAUUCUUUUGACGAACACUUCGUUCUUGAGCUCGCUAGAAGAUCGACAAAAAGAGUGUCGCCUUUAUAUUGACAAGAUCGGUGACAUACUGAAGAAUAACAUGUCCAACAUGGCUGUAUAUAUGGAGUACUGCGUAAACCAAGCCACAGCCAUCAAAGUCCUUCAGUCUCUGAGAGAAGGUAGACCUGAUUUGGCAGCACAGCUGCAGCGCCUUCGUGACGACCCUGCUGUCCGUAACUUGGACCUUUCCAGUUAUCUCCUCGCACCAAUGCAACGACUAACCCGGUAUCCACUCCUUAUCAAACAAGUUAUCCACUACACAGAGCUGGCGGAGGAUCGCAAACAAUGCGAACGCGCACUCGACAUGGCGGAAAGGAUUUUGAGUCAUAUCAACGAGACCAUUCGCGAGCAAGAAGGCAGGGAACGAUUAAGACUUAUCUCAAAUAACUUGUGGAUUGGUCAAGGCCGUUUGGACUUGACCGAGCCAACGCGCAAUAUGGGGGCUCGGAAACUACUCAAGGAAGGAAUAUUGACGAAGGCAAAGAGUGGUCGCAAGCUGCGGGCUUUCUUAUGCAGUGAUAUUCUCGUCCUCACUGAUGAGACUGGCAAAUCUCUCUAUCGCAUGCCAAUUCCAUUAUCCGAGCUGCAGGUAACGGAAUACUCGGGAAACCGAGACGACUUGGCGUUUCAGCUGUCACUUGCAUACCCGCGAGGAGGUGAAAAGAUCGGACUUCGUGCAACUUCUGCUCGGAAUUGUCAACUUUGGAUGCAGGCCAUCGAGAGGGUCAGCAAGGGCUUGGCUGAUUGGUACGGACAUGAUAUGAACACUCUUUUGCUAUUUUACUGGAACACUUGAUUUUGAAGGUACCCUAUGUCACGGCUGUCAAUUUUAGACUUUAAUAUAUGCAUGUUUCUUUGCUCUAUUAGU